GGAGCAGACAGGGGCAGACAGAGGAGGAGGAGCUUGACUGGGCCUCCUGUGGUACUCUGCAGUGGAGGACUUUGGAGGUGGACCAGGUCUAAAGAAAGCCUGGACCAGACCUGAACCCAGACUUGAGCAGGGAAGAGGUCUACAGAGCCUUGAUCAGACCAGAUCUGCGCAGGGGAGAGGACUCGUCAGAUAGAUAUCCGCUGAGGGAGGAGGCGGAGCCAUGGGAAAACAGAACAGUAAGCUCCGCCCCGAGGUGCUGAACGACCUGAGGGAGAACACAGAGUUCAGUGACCAUGAGCUGCAGGAGUGGUACCGCGGCUUCCUCAAGGACUGCCCUACAGGACACCUGACUGUGGACGAGUUUAAGAAGAUCUACGCCAACUUUUUCCCCUACGGAGAUGCAUCCAAGUUUGCUGAGCACGUGUUCCGCACCUUUGACACCAAUGGAGAUGCCACCAUAGACUUCAGGGAGUUCAUCAUCGCUCUGAGCGUCACCUCACGAGGAGGCCUGGAGCAGAAGCUCCGCUGGGCCUUCAGUAUGUAUGACCUGGAUGGAAAUGGCUACAUCAGCAGGGCCGAGAUGCUCGAGAUCGUACAGGCCAUUUACAAGAUGGUGUCGUCGGUGAUGAAGAUGCCUGAGGAUGAGUCCACUCCAGAGAAACGCACGGACAAGAUCUUCAGACAGAUGGACAUCGACAACGACGGACGCCUGUCUUUGGAGGAGUUCAUUCGCGGUGCCAAAAGUGACCCGUCCAUCGUGCGCCUGCUGCAGUCAGAGCAGGGCGCGGCUCGCCAGCUCUGAGCCGACACUCUAGACUGUCCCGCAUGUCCCUCCCUGUGUCCCUCCUGUCCCUCAUUACCAUCCUGUCCAUCCUCUUAUCCUUUGUGUCUCUUCCUGUCCCUCAGGUCAUUUAUGUCCCUCCUGUCCCACAUGUCCACUGUGUCACUCAUGUCACUCCUGUCCCCCGUGUCUCCCAUGUCCAUUAUGUUCCCCCAUGUCCUUCCUCAUCUUCCUCCUCAUGUUCCUCCGGUCCUCUAUGUCCACUGUGUUUUUCUGUCCCUCAGUCCCUCAUAUCUCUCGUGCCACUCCUGUCCAUCAUGUCCUCCUUUCCUUCAUGCCCCUCCUGUCUCUCUAGUCACCUGUGUCCCCUGUAUCCCUUCUCUCUCUUCUGUCCCGCCUGCCUCUCGCAUCCCUCCACUCCUUUAUGUCCCUCUUGUCUCACAUGUCUCACAUGUCCCUCCUGUCCCUCCUCUCCCUCUUGUCCGUCAUGUUUACACUCUGGAGAGGACACGCGGCUGAAGGUGUCUCUGCGUCUGUGGACUUUGUGGGACUUUUGCACACGUCUCACUGUGUGCAGUAGUUCUCAUCUGACUUUUAAACCCUGGUUACCAUAGAAACAACAUCAGUGAUGGACACAAAAACUCGAGUAUUUGAACCACUGCCAAACUGCAUAGAGUAAUCUGAUGAUGUAAUCGUCAGGGUUUAGUCGUACAUGGUUUUCUGUUGUGGGACCAGAAUUUUAUUGUCUUAAAAACACAAAAACAGAAGUAGAGUUUUUUAAUGAUUUGCUGCAAUCCAAACACAUUCAGAGCAUCCUAAUGAUUCAUCCCGAUGAGUUUAUAAGCGCUUUUCACAACUUUCAGAGGCUUUAAUUCAAUGCUAACUACAUGGAGGUUCCUCAUCUUAAAAAACACGCUGCUUUGGUUCAGUUCACAGAGGCAAAGUCAGGACAUAAUGUUGUUAAAGGAAAUAAAAUGUUUGUCUACAGGGAAUCAAAAUGUAAAAAAAAAAAGCUUAAAUCAUGUCCCACCGUACUAACGUGGUUAGCGUUCCUGUGGACACGAGACAAGGACACACCCCUCCGCAGAGCUCGUCAGUGAUACUUUGUCUUUUGUUUGUCUUUUCAUAGUGAUACAGUGCCAUAAGUUGUAUUUAUACUGACGGACUUUGAAGUGUUAUGAUUCUGCUCAUGUUGCUCUGAGAAGGUGGCUAAUUACAGAUCUGUGUAAACUUUGACCAAAUAUAAAGUGAAAGGAACUGUAUUUUGAUUUUAAACUCCAUAAACUUGACAUAUCUCUGCAGAUACGAGGUAAACAUGUUCAAAACAGAUAGAACUUUUGCUGUUAACGUUUCAAAUGCUGAUUUAUUCUUACAAAAACAUUGGACGUGCUUCUGGAGGUUCAGUUGUGGUUGUAGUACAUAGUUACACAGUAGUAGUACAGGACUCAUACAGUUCCUUUAAGUGCAGCGGUGGGUGAUUCACACUCUCAGUAUUUUCAUUAUAUUUUUCUUGUCCAUCAUAAAUGUGCCUGUAAAAGUCUUAACUGAGGUUUAAGUAUUGCACAACAUUAACGUUUAACUUCACUUUUAUCAUUUCAUUUUCCUGAUGCUGUAGAUACAGGUAUAUUAUAGACAAUGUGCUUUGUAAUGGAUUUUUUGCACAUCUUUAAAAUGUAUUUCAUGAUCAUCUUAAAGGCAGUGGUGGAACGUAAUGAAGUAAAAAUAUUAAAGUAUUGCGCUCAAGCAUAAAUUUAAAGGUAUACUUUAAGGUUUACUUUUCACUUUUACUGCACUACAUUUGAGAGCAGUAUCUGUACUUUCUACUCCACAUCUUUGAACUGGACUGAAAAGUAAACGUUUGAGACCUGUGGGUUUAUUUUUAACACAUUCACAAUUUGAGCAAACAAAAAUAUACAAAUAAAAACUG